UUCCUUCCCUCCAACUUUGACAUAGCUACCAUAUGACUUUGAUUUCCAUAUUAGUUUUCAGACUGAGAAUACUUCUCUGGUGCAACAGUUCUAUCGAUCUUAUCUAAUUCGAAUUGAAGCUGGUGCCAGAGAAGCUAGAACCAGAACCCUCUCUCUCGAUCUCUCUCUCUCUCUCUCUCUCAUCCAUCCAUCCAUGGGAAUAAGUGGAAGAUCCUGGUCUCUAGCCUUUGUUGUAGUUAGCUUAUUCUUUCAAACUUGUAACGCUAACACGAAGGAUGAUAGUCCCAAGUGUACUUCUUCAUGCGGCAACAUCCAUAACAUAAGCUACCCUUUCCGGCUGAAGCAUGAUCCAAAGCAUUGCUCAUCACGGUUUACUCUGUUAUGCGACAACAACAUUACAAUACUAGACCAAUCUGCUUUUGGAAGAUUCUAUGUACAGGCAAUCAACUAUGAGAAUCAAACAAUCCGAGUUGUAGAUCCUGGCCUAUUUCAGAACAAUAAUUGCUCCUCCAUACCCCAAAAUCGUUUACCUUUUCUUUCGGGUAGAGCUAUGUAUUCAUACGAUUUAUUUUCAACACCCAUAUUCUUCUUGAGGUGUAACAAUCCGGUAAAUUCUUCUAUGUAUGUGGACACUGCUUCCUGCAUUAAUACUAGUGCUGGUACCGCUUCUUCUUUGGCAUCCCCAGAUUCCCCACCAAACACAUACGGCUAUGUCAAAGUUGGUAAUAUGGAUCUAGGGGAUUUGAACGAGGGUUGCAGUACAGAGUGGAUGGCUUCUGCAAUGUUGAACUCCUUUAAUUUGUACAACAGCUCUUAUAAAUACAUACACAAUGCACUCGUGUAUGGAUUUGAGCUUCACUAUACGAUUUCAGAGGCUUGUGAGCAAUGGAGUACUAAUGCAAAGUGUUUUCCACGCAGUAUCAAAGGUUUCUUUCAAUUAGUGUGGGAGUUAAUACGCAAAUUCUUUGCUCCUGGAUACACCAUUUAUGUUGGUUAUAAGUGGCUGCCCUCCAACUCUACCGAUGUUCGAUGGGCACUAUUGUUUAAUGUUGGACUCCUAUUCCUGGUAAAAUUUAUAUUGGGGACUCCAUUUGUGACUCUGCUUUUGAUCAAGAAAUGGCGGACAAGACAUUUGUCAUCAUACAGAACCAUCGAAGAUUUUCUGCACAACGGUAGCAACUUUGUGCCAAUAAGGUAUUCUUUCUCAGAAAUUAAGAAGAUGUCCAACAAUUUCAAGAACAAGCUGGGUGAAGGAGGCUAUGGCUCUGUAUUUAAAGGAGUAUUACGUAGUGGUCGUUUUGGAGCCAUUAAGAUGAUGGAAAAUUCCAAAUCAAAUGGACAAGAUUUUGUGAGCGAAGUGGCUACAAUUGGAAGGAUUCACCAUGUCAAUGUGGUGCAACUCAUUGGUUAUUGUGUUGAGGGAUCAAAACGUGCUCUAGUCUAUGAUUUCAUGCCUAAUGGCUCACUUGACAAAUACAUUUUUUCCAAUGCAGAAACUAUCCCAUUAAGUGUCAAGAAAAUGUAUGAGAUCUCUCUUGGAGUGGCUCAAGGGAUCGAAUACCUUCAUCAAGGUUGUGAAAUGCAAAUUUUGCAUUUUGAUAUCAAGCCUCACAACAUUCUUCUUGACGAGAAUUUCAUUCCAAAAGUUUCUGACUUUGGUCUUGCAAAGUUAUAUUCAACUGAUGAUAGUAUUGUGACUUUGACGGCAGCAAGGGGGACAAUGGGAUAUAUUGCACCAGAGUUGUUCUACAAAAAUAUUGGAGGUGUCUCGUACAAAGCUGAUGUGUAUAGUUUUGGAAUGUUGUUGAUGGAAAUGGCAAGCAAACGGAAAAAUUUCAAAGAAUUGGCGGUGCAUGAAAGCCAAACCUACUUCCCUUCAUGGGUGUAUGAUCAAUAUGAAAAGGGAAGGGACUUGGAGAUGGGUGAUGCCACUGAUGAGGAGAAGAAAAUAAUAAAAAGGAUGGUUGUAACAGCCUUAUGGUGUAUACAGAUGAACCCAAGUCAUCGUCCGUCAAUGAGAAAAGUCAGAGAGAUGCUGGAAGGAGAUGUUGAACUCUUACAAAUGCCUCCCAAUCCUUUUACGUGCUCAGAAGAGAUACCCCUUGCCGAUGUCCAGAAUAAUAUUGAUCCAACAUGUUCAAACACUCAGCUAACGUGCACACUGUCAGCUAGGUAAUGAACCCUCCAUUACAAUGCAAAGGAUUUAGUGCGUUAAUGCUUAUAUAGCAAGUGUAGAGGCUUUUGUGGUGUACCUACAUGUUAAAUGUUAUUGGAGUUUUUUAUAUUCCUACAGUUUUGCUGGUGCCG